AUGCAAUUCUCAAAAGUCGCCAUCAUCUCAGCCGUCGCUGGUUCAGCAGUUGCUUCAUACAACUCCACCGUCACUGACAUUGCCACCACUGUUAUCACCAUCACCUCAUGUGAAGAGAACAAGUGUACCCCAGUCCCAGUCACCACCGGUGUCACCACCGUCACUGAAAUUGACACCACCUACACCACCUACUGCCCAUUGUCAACCACUGAGGCUCCAGCUUCAUCUGCUCCAGCUUCAUCAACUGUUGCUGCUGAAUCAUCAUCUGCUCCAGCCAAGAACGCCACCGUCUCAACCAUUGAAGGUUCCGGUGCUAGAUUGCAAGUUGGUGCUGCUUUGGUUGGUGCUGCUGCUUUGUUGUUGUAA